AUUUAGCAGAAAUUUUGAACAAAAGUAUUAAAGAUAUUUUAGUUUUAAAAAAGUAUCACCUAUGAAUUUUCAAGUAUUCUGUGAAAUUUAUACCCAUUGGAAUUGUAAAAAUUCUUGCUUUUUAAGAGGUAAUUUUUACAUUGUAAAACAUCAUUUAUGUAUUUUUUUAGUAGACGCUACAAUAUUGAAACGCUAUUCGGUGGAAAAAUUUCAUUCCAGACAUUUUGCGGAAAUUCCCGGGUUUUUUUUUUUGUGGUAAUUUUUAUUGAAUAUAACGUAUAACAAAUUUUCAGGUACCCUAUAUAAAAUUUGAAAAAUUGUGCAAUUUAGUUUAUUACACAUUUUCCCUAAAUUUUGCGGGAAAAUUGCUGGUAUUUUAAUUUUUUUUAAUUUUCAAGUAUUCUGUGAAAUUUAUACCCAUUGGAAUUGUAAAAAUUCUUGCUUGAAAUCUUGAAAAAAAAUUUGUAACAGUACAAAGGAUUUUUAAAAAGAUUUUGUAUAAAAAACCUUAACUGUCGAUUAAAAAUUAGCUGCUGUGAAAAUUAAGGCGCCUUUCAUUGCUCAAUUUUAGAAUGUCAAUUUUGGUAAAAUCGUCUGAAAUUUUUUAGAAGUUUUUAAGGCGUUUUACGUGCUCCAAACUUCAUUUCAUAUUUACCGUAUUGUAUUAUCACCACCAUCAUUAUAAUCAUCACGAUUGUCAUCACAUUAAUGCUGGAAGGGAUUAUGUUUGUUGUUGUUGUUGAAUAUGAUGGCGCUCUUCAAUCUCUCCAGAUUAUACGCGCCAGUCGCUUUCGUAAGUAGGACGUCGUCGGCAAAGGCAAUACGACGUCAAACCAUUGGUGACGAUUAUAUGACGUAUUAAUAUAGAUUAGUUACCCAUCCACCUAUUAUACUAGUAGGUCCUACCAAAUCAAACAUCUUCGAGGAAUAAACAUUUUAAUACAAAUAGAGAAAUUAAAUAUCGCGCGUGCUAAAUGAUUGUUCGUGAAAAGGGCUUAAAGCUAACCAAUCGGCUACUAGCAUGACUAUAUUUAGAUACAUGUAAUUUCUUAAAAUCUUCGUUAAAUAACAAUUCAAUUAUGACAUCACAUACAAUUUCUCGUCCUACUUAUUCUUUUGUUUUGUCUUUUCUUAUAAAUACGAAAUAUCAAUCCUUCUUUCAUGUCUAAUGUUUGAAGAAAUGGACACACACCUGUCAAAACGGUUAGUGGCAUAUAUAAAACAUUGUAGUUCCCGUGUAUAAUCGGGAUUAAUUAACAAUUGUUUAAGAUUCGGGUCAUUCAUCUUAAGUUUAUUAAACAUGAUGCGUCUCUCCUUUACAUAUUUUGAACCAAAUAAAAUGUAAUGUUCAAUAGUCUCAAAUACAUUGCACACCUCACAGAGGCCUGAAGAGUGUUGUUUUAAUUUGAAACAUAUAAUAGUUUAAUUUGCACUUACCUAAUGUGAUUUGAUGAAGGAGGCAUUCCUCUUUCAGAGAAAAACCUUUUCUAUAAGCCUGCUUAAAGACAUUAUCAUGAAUAGCAUAUAAAAAUCUACCAUUUCUAGACGCAUUCCAAUCUGCUUGCCAGACGCAUUUAUAAAAUGUCAUACGUGAGCAUGUAAGUUCAUUUAUAGUGUUUGGUAAAACGAUGUCUAUAAAAAUUUUCGCGGCUCCUUUCUUGGCAGCUUUAUCGACGAUCUCAUUGCCGUUAACAUUACAAUGUGAGGGAAUCCAUUCAAAAUUAAUACAGAUAUCUUUUAAACUAAGUUUAUGAAUUUUUAAUAAAAUUUCAUUAAUAAUAGUGUAUUUUAUGAAAUAUGAAUCGAUCAUAUUCAGUGCUGACAAAGACUCGCAAAAAAUUACAACUGAACAUGGUUUAUCAAAGGAGUCUAACCACUCAAGUGUCAUUAAAAUGGCCAUGAGUUCAGCUCUCAUGAUACUUACAUUAGAUAACCUGAAACACUUUUUUUUUAUUAAGCCUGCCGACAUGGACUUGAACUUGCUAACGAUAUAUAGUCUAUACUCUACCAGUCUAUAUACAUUCUGUAACAUUCUACCUGUAUUACCUUUAUCAGGCUCUUAAUUUCUUUCUUUUUCUUCUUUCUUUUUUUUCUCUUUCUUUUUUCCCCCUCCUUUUUCUCUUUUUUUCUUUGUCUCCCCUAUCCUCCAUUUUGCCAACUGGUCAUGCUGGUACAUGAAUUCGCCGACUGCCAUGAAUAAUGGGGGGGGGGGUGUCACACCCCAUACCCCCCUUGCUACUGGCCCAUGCAUUAUUUUCUUUUGGAAUAGUUGAUGCUGGAUACGCUAUAGUGUAUAACGUACAUGCUAUAGGCCCUUUCCAGUUGGGUUCACCUUAACAAUAUAAGAUUUCAAACACCACUUUAUUAUUUUGUCUCAUUCUUUGUAAUGUCCUUCCAUGCUCUACACCGAUUCGGUUUGGAUGCUCUACUUUAUGGUAAUCUUUAACUAUAGGAUUUAAGCAGGGAGACAUUGUGUGGAAUGACAUAGAAUCGCACAUGUUGAGGUGAUCUGAAGUCGGAUUUCUAUAUAGAGAAUGAUCAUUAAGCUCAAUCUGGCAUUGCCUAUGCACAUGAUCGGAACGAUCACUAGUAAAAUUCUCGCCGUGAAGCAACAAAGUAUCUCGGAGUCUUUAUGUUUUUGCAAAAUUAUUUAAACUAGCGAUCCUGAAGAACUCUAGUUCCGAAAACCUCGCAGAAAUAUUUUUUGGGGAACAAAAAACAAGGCUGUAAGAAAGGAAUCUCACUUUGAAACUUGUCAGAAAUGAGAUGGAAACCUGUUCGAUUUUCAGGAAUUCAAGCGCCCUUAAAACGGUGUUGGCUUUGUUUCUUCAGACGUGUCAUUUCUUAGGAACUGUAAAAUGCAUUGGGGUUUAUCUACCGGAACUGGAGCGGACAUUAGGACUAUCGUCAACUGAUAUUGGUCUUGCUAUUGGAUUAUUCGAAGCACUUUCAUUCGCUCCAGGUCCAGUAAUUGCGUACUUUUAUCGAAGAACCCAUGGCGUGUUCCGGCGAUGUCUUUUGGUGACAGGUGCAAUAUUUGCAACAGGAGGACUCCUUCUGGUAUCCAUUGUAACCAAUGGUAAAGAACUCGCUGUCUGCUUAUCAGUAUCUGGUCUUGGUUCCAGCAUCCUGUCAAUUUCAUUGGUAAUCAUUCUGAGCGAUCAGUCUGGAGAGGCCUUUGCAGUCUUCUACGGAAUUGGUAAAUCAGGUUACGCCAUCGGAGUGGCUCUAGUUCCCCCGAUCGCAGACUACCUGAUGAGGAUUUAUGGCUGGAGAGGGUCCCUGAUGAUAAUUGGAGGUAUCGUGGCGCACCUUAUACCUUUCGUCUUGAUGGUUGAUUUCGACGUAGAGGGCGUCGUACAGAACGAUUUUGGGUCCUUCUACACUGACGAUGAAGAAAUUGAGGACCAAUUUGAUAGGUCCGAAGAAGAAGCACUUAUCUCCAGACCAAGUAUGAAGGAAGAAACACACAAUGAAGGAGGUAAAUCACAGGUUGGCGGUAUUUACGCUGAAAUAAAACCGGCAAAUAAUGAAAUCGGAUCAGAAAAUGAAAACGCAAAAAUUAGUGAUAUCCAAGAGGUAACACCUGAAAGAUCAGCUACUGGUAAAACAAUCACUGGCUUGUCUAACAUGCACAAUAUGUUAGAAAAGGGAUAUAAGCGAAAACGUUCGAUUGAUUGUUCUAAUUUUAAUAGAAUCUUCACAGACUCCAUAUACAAUCAAGAUCGCUGGAUGAUUCUCCUUAUGCUGGUCACACUUGUAUUGCUUAUGGCAGACGCUAGUUGGUUUGCAUAUCUCAUCCCAUGUGCGAUUGCUCUUGAUAUUCCUAUAUCCCAGGUACUGUGCCUUCCUUAUUCUGCGGGGGCUGGAAUAUUCGUAGCACGAAUUUUAGGCGGAUUCCUCGAGAAAUCUAAGUUUUUAUCUGGCCAAUCCUCGUUUCUUUUCUUUACCUUGCUCAACAUCUUAUCACUUUUGUGGAAUAUCUUCGCUCCAAGAUUUGCUUUCAUGAUUGUGACUACAUUCAUCUCGGCAUUCACGAUUUCCCAACGAAACCUUUUGUCGUUGGUCAUAUGUAAGGACAGAGCUCCUCGGUCACAAUUCCCGGUGAUUCUGGCUUCUUAUGAGAUUGUUUGUGGAAUAGGGCUCUUCCUCGGAUCCUUGUUAUGUGGAUAUGUCGCAGAUGUGAGGGGAUCUUUCAACGCUUCAUAUAUAUUCAUCGCAGGGGUAGAAAUCCUUGAAUUAUGUCUCAUAAUUCCAUCAAUAAUUGCCGAGAAGUUGAAGGAAACCACGGCGAACUAAACGAAAACCCCACAGAAACUACAGAAAGGUGUAUACUGGGAAAUACAAAAAGGAGAGGAAAGCAGACUGGAAAUGUCACCUGCUUAAAAUAAUUGUGCAUUUGUGCUGAUGUUGUGAUAGUGAAAUACCAUGUAAAGACAAUAUUGCACAUUACCUCAUAACUAAAUUAUUAAACCGCUACUAUUUCAUGGUUAACUUUGCAAACAUCCUUGGACAAUCGUCAGGCGUAGAUGUACCAGACGAUCUUCAGGGGUAGAUUCACCAGACGAUCGUCAGGGGUAGAUUUACCAGACGAUCGUCAAGGGGAGAUCCACCAGACGGUCAUCAGGGAUAGAUCCACCAGACGAUCGUCGCUUCCAGGGAAGGAAACAAGCAAGUUUUCGCACCACCAAGAAGAACGAAUUCUACAGUGCGUAUAAAACAAGUUUACACUUAGAAAAAAUCCUGUAAAAUCAUACAUUUGUAAUACCUUGAAGAUUUUCCACAUUUGAACAUUGGUAUAGAUCCAUUUAAGCAUAUGACGAUACAACUGUCGGAACAUAUUCCCGCUUGAGUGAGCAUAUGGCAAGCUUCAGUAUUAACCAAGAUUUUAAUGCUUUAUAAUCAUUUUCAGUGCAUGUUUAGUUAUCAUAAAUUUUCCAGUCAUUUUUAUGUGUUUAGCUUUUAUCAUUGAUGAAUCAUGACUUGUAUUCAUUUUCUUGAGCUCAAUUGUCCAUUAUAGAAACAUGUAUUUACUUUGACAUUUUACUUUUUCAUGUUCACAUUUACUAUUACCAUGUAUGCACCGCUUUGUUCCAAUUUACCGAUAGAAAUUUCAUGUUGUAAGUUGUUGAUAUUUUUAAGAACGGUAUAUAAUUUCUUCGUCUUCUUCUUAUUAUCAUUAUUAUUUAUGUUUUUCUUCUUCUUUUCUUCUUUUGUUAUCUUCUCUGUUGUUUUUUCUUCUCCCUCUCACUUUUCCCUUCUUCCUUUUUUCUUCUCAACCCACCUCUUCACGUUUCAAUGAUUGCCUUGUAAUAUUUAAUUGAUGCUUCUGUUCCAUAUAUUGGUUUUAAAAUGUUUACUAUGUCAUUUGUAUAUUAUGUUCCACACUGCCCCAAUGGAAAUCAGUCUGUGAACUGUUUUGGCUUUUUAACCGUGUAUAAAUAAAAUCAAUCUUAUAUCAUCUUUAAAGGAAUUAUGCCCUCUUCUGUUAACAAAUCUUUAAUAUAUUUAUAGUCUUUUAUAAUAAAUGAUUUUGCAUGGAUUCUAUUGUAAAUUGAUAUCUUGUGAGAAUGGAAGAAAAUAAAUGUUUAUUUCAAUUGAAAGAGAAAAGUGAUUCGAUGCUGAGCCCUUGU